AUGGCAAAAAAUAAAAAUAAGAAAAGUAAAUUGAAGUUAUUCAAGGAUGAUGGUAUACCAUCAACUUCACUGAAAAACUAUACAGGAAUAGGAACUGUAAUAUUUUACCCUUGGGAAUAUGAAUAUUUGAAUGGAGACCUUUAUCAAGGAUCAUUUGAGCAUAACAAAAAAAAUGGGAUAGGAACAUAUUUUUUUAAUAAUUAUCCAAACAGAAAAAAAGGAAAUAAAAAGAUUAGAGAAACAAGCCAAUCUAGUGAUAAUGAGGAAAGCGAAAAUGAGUCAAAUGAAAGUAAAAGCGAAGAAAGCAAAUCCAAGAGUAGUGAAAAUUUAGACACCAAAGAGGAGGAAGAGAGUGAGGAGAGUGAAAGCAAGGGAAGUAAAAGUGAAGGAAGUGAAAGUGAGGAAAGUAAAAGUGAAGAAAGUGAAAGUAAAGAAAGUGAAAAUGAGGAAAGUAAAAGUGAGGAAAGUAAAAGUGAGGAAAGCGAAAAUGAGGAAAGCCAAAGCAAAGAGAGCGAAAGUGAAGGAAGUAAAAGCGAAAAAAAUAGUGAAAAAGAACGCAAUAAAAAAAAGAAAAAACUAAGUGAAAAAUUGUUAAGUCUUAUGCAAGAUUCUAAUAAGUUAAAAACUAAAAAAGACAUUACAUGUAGCACAAAAGAAGGAAAAAGUUAUUAUUAUGGAAACUAUUCCAACGGAAUGAAGCACGAUGAAGGUUUAAUGGUAUAUAAAAAUGGAGACGCAUAUGUGGGUACUUGGCGGUUUGGGAAAAAAAAUGGAUACGGUAAUAAUUAUGUAUUACAACUAAAUAUUAUAGAAUAA